UUCUCGCUAUAAAUACCAGGCCAGGCCGUGUCUCUCCUCAUCGUACUCAACAAACUUCUCUCCUAGAGUUUGUUUUACAAGUUACAGAAAUCCAAAAGCAAUGGCCAUCUCCAAGACUCUUCUGGCUUCCCUUCUCAUAGUUUCUCUUUUUGUACUUGGCUUUGCUGAGUCUGAUCCAACGGUGAUCACGAACAUGGUAGAGAAUGCUCUGACUGAUGACAAAAUAGAUUGUGAUGGAGCUUGUGACGUGAGAUGCAAACUAUCGUCGAGGCCGAACCUUUGCAAGAGGGCGUGUGGGACAUGCUGUGACCGAUGCAACUGCGUUCCUCCUGGCACCUCCGGUAACUAUGAUGCGUGUCCAUGCUACCGAGACAUGACCACCCACGGCGGCAAACACAAGUGCCCUUAGAUAGCUUCAUACCACCUCUUGAUCUGCAUGGGUUUUGAACUCUAAGUAAACUAUAGAAUAAGAUUUUGAUAAUAAUCGCAAUGUAAAAAAGCGUGGUUAUAGUUACUUGCUUUGGCCUUAUUUAAUUAUAUCAAAGUAAAAAAGCAUGGUUAUAGUUACUUGCUUUGGGCUUAAUUAAUUAUAUCAAAGUUUCUUAAGUUUUGGGAGUUCUUCUACUUACACGUGCGUGCGUGUAUGAAUAUAUAUCUCAAAUUAUUAUCGAUUUA